GAGAGGUAGCCCCCAAGUCCUAUUUGAGGGUUAUCUACACACUAAGAAUGUCGAGAGACAGUCUUGUGUACACUGAAAGUGUGUCCAGUCAACAUGGGUCGACGACGACCCAAGAUUCGGUCUGCCACUGUGGAACCAUCACUCAACAACCGCCUGAACCGGGGACUCCCACAUCGACACCCCAACAUCUACCGAUUUGUGGAGGUGAUCAGGAAAGUUGAACACGCUGAGAGAGCGAAAAUUUCCCAGAUAGACUUUGGAGCAGCACAGAGAAGCAGAAAGAGAGUGUACAGAGAGAUGGAGCAUCCUUUGUGUCGCCUCAAGGAGCAGCUCAAUCCUGGGCUGAAAACACCAAUGCAGUUCCUUGACGCUGUGGGCCAUCUCCUCAAAUUGGGAUAGAGACUUGUUUAGAAGACAAAAAUUAACAUUAAAAUGUUAAUAUGAACUGCUGCUCACGACCAGGAAGAUAUCUGUGUAUUAUAUUCAUUUAUUUGUGUAAUUAAAUCCAUAAAUUAAAACAUUAAAUCUUGUGUUCA